GGAAGAAAAAAGUGCACAGUGCUCACUAGUCACGAUGUCCUUCAGAGACUUGCGAAAUUUUACAGAAAUGAUGAGGGCAUUGGGCUAUGUUCGCUUGAUAUCCAUGGAGAACUUCAGGACACCAAACUUUCCUCUGGUGGCAGAAAUCCUAAUAUGGCUUGUAAAGAGAUAUGAACCUCAGAUGGACAUUCCCACUGAUGUGGAUACAGAAUCAGACCGAAUAUUCUUCAUCAAGGCAGUGGCUCAGUUCAUGGCGACUAAAGCUCACAUCAAGGUGAACACCAAGCGUCUCUACCAGGCUGAUGGCUACGCAGUGAAAGAGAUGCUAAAGAUCACCUCAGUGCUGUACAAUGCCAUGAAGACUAAGCAGAUGGCCCUGGAAGACCGAGUCGAGGAGGACAACAACAAAUUCAAGUUUGACCUCAGCUCACGGAUUUCAGAUCUGAAAGUAGCUCGGCAGCUGGCAUCCGAGGUCACGUCAAAAGGAGCAUCUCUAUAUGAUUUACUGGGAAAGGAGGUGGACCUAAGGGAAAUGAGAACUGCUGCCAUUGCUAGACCUCUGGAAAUCAAUGAGACUGAAAAGGCCCUGAGAGCUGCCAUCAAGGAGGUUUUGGAAAGUGUGGAGAAGACCAAAGACAUGCUGAGUAACGUUGUUUCUGAUGAGACCAGCCUGGAUGCCAAAAUAGAAAAGAAGAAGCAGGAACUGGAGAGGAAUCGUAAAAGACUCCAGACACUGCAGAGUGUGAGGCCGGCGUUCAUGGACGAGUAUGAGAAGAUUGAGGAAGAUCUGCACAAACAAUAUGACACCUAUGUGGAGAAGUUCAAGAACCUUUGCUUCCUGGAGUCUCAGCUGGAAGAAUAUCAUAGACUGGAGCAAGAGAGGUUUGAGGAGGCUGAAAACACUUUGAGGAUAAUGCAGCACAAACUGAGGGAGGAGGAAAGGGAUCUGAUGAGGAGCUCCUUGAAAGAUGAGGACUCUGACAUGGACGUCCCUGAGGACGAAGGUUCAGACAGCGACAUGGAGGAGUGUCGGCCUUCUAAGCCACGGCCCACCCGAAAUGGUGUUAUGGCAGAAAGAGGAGGAAGAUUCAUCGGGAACAUGCAGGGUGGUGACAGUGAUGAGACGGAUGACAGUGAGAUUGAUGUGGACGAGGACGAUGAGGAAGGCGAGGAGGAGGAGGAGGAGACCAAGGAUUUGGAGGAUGACAGUCUGGAGGGUCCAGUGUCCAGGGGUUCUCGCCCCCCAAGGGGAGGCAUUAGACCCCCUCUGCUGGAGGAGAGCGACAAUGAUUUCUGAAUAAAGAACACACACACAGUCAGUCAUGUGUGCUCAAAUUAGACCAUCUCAAUUCUUCUUAUUAAAUAUGUACC